UAUAUAUAUAUAUAUAUAUAUACAAUUUAAGAAGAAAAAAAAGUUACACGAUGGGAAAAAUCGAAAUUAAUGACGAGAUUGUUCGAAUGCGAAAAUUAGUAAAGCAGGCCAGGGUAUGUGUAAUUCAUAAAUUGAAUAGAGAAGCCAAAACAUUACGUGGAAAAAAAGGGACUGAGAAACAACUAGAAAAAAACAAAAAGAAAGCUGACAAAUUGAUUAACGAGAUACACUUUUUGAAAAAGUUGAAAAAUGAUAAUAUUACCAAAUUUGGCAUUAAUAAUAAAAAGAGUUUACAAGAAAUUUUACAAAGUAAAAAAUCUAAAGUAAAUACUCGUAUAAUGGCUAGAAUAACGGAACACAAGUUGUUAAAAAAUGCCAUAACUCAAUUUCGCGAGAAGUAUCCCGAUUAUGAGGAACAUUUACAACCUGGAAAAAAUAAAUCUGCGAAGAAAAAUGAUAAAUUUGAAAAACAAGAUGAGAAGGAAAUAACAGUAAAAAGAGAAACGUUUAAUAGUAGCAAAGUCGCUGAAAGUUUUGUAGAAAAUGGAUUAAAUUCUGACAACCAAGAUAGUGAUGUAGAAACAGAAAUGGAUGAUAAGAGUGUAAAAUCAGAAACGGAUGAUAAAAGUGUAAAAUCAGAAAAGGAAGAUAAUAAUGUUCUGUCAGAAACAGAAACCGGAGGUAAUAAUCUUUUUGAAAGAGAACAACAUUCAGAAGCAGAAAGUAUUCUCAAAAUAGAACCCACGAUUUCUGAACAAAUCGAACAAAAAGAUAGUAGUAAUAAACAUUUGAAAAGGGAUAGAAAGGAAAUAACUGAAUCUAUAAAAGAAUACGAUAAUAACGAUAACAAGAAUGUCAAAAAAGCACGAAUAAAAGAAGAAAUAUCUAAGAUAGAUAAGAAAAAAGAUACAGUUAAAGUUAUUAGUAAAGAGGCAACAGUUAAAAGGUUUGUAGAUAUUCUACAGGAACCAAAUUCGGAAGAAAACAAUUCUUUGAAGGUAAAUGAUAAGAAAAUUUCUAAGAAUAAGUUAGAAUCUGAGAAGAUAGUUGAUCCAUUUUUCGUUAGCGGGGAUGGAAAUGAGUAUCUUAGUUUGGCACCAUUGAAAACGAAUGAUGAUAAUUAUUCGUCAUUGGAAAAAGAUGAUAACUUUUAUAAAAACAACAAAUCUAAACAGUAUAAUAAUAAAAGAACAUUCGCUAACGAUAGAUUUUUCAGUAAUGAUGUAAAAUCUUCUGAAGAUAUAAGAAGAAGAAAGAGAAGACAGGAAGAAAAUCGAUACAAUGACAAUAAUUUUAAUAGGGACAAAAGUUUAUUUAAAAAGCAAACUAAUAAUAAUGGUUCAUCAUUCAGAGAUACAAAAAGUCAUAAUAAAAAUGUCAUCGUGAAUAAAAAUUCCAAUGAAAAUGAAAAUGAAAAUUUACAUCCGUCUUGGGCGGCAAAGAAAAAACAACAAGAAAUUUUAAAGCAAGGUUUCCAAGGGAAAAAAAUUGUUUUCGAUGACGAAUAAUUUGUAUGUAAUUUAUAAUUGAAAUUUGAACAGACGUUGUGU